AUGUCAUUAUUCUUUAAGGCUCCAUUAGAUAUUGAGAUCAGAUUGGAUAAUGAAGAAUCAAGGAAACAUAUAGAUGUAAAAACACCGCAAGGUAGAUUGGAAAAACUACCAAUUUAUAAAGAUGGAGAAUCAGUGAAGGGAGUUAUUACAUUACGAACGAAAGAGGGUAAAAAAGUAGAACAUCUAGGGGUAAAGGUACAGCUAUUAGGAUCAAUUGAUACUAAUAUUGAUGGUAUAAUAUCUUCGGAUUUCUUAUCAUUGGCCACUGAGUUAUCAGCUCCCGCCCAAUUAACUCAUCCAGAAUCUUAUCCAUUCGAAUUUAAAAAUGUUGAAAAGCAAUAUGAAAGUUACAGAGGGAAAAAUGCUAGAUUAAGAUAUUACGUAAAAGUUACUGUAUUGAGAAAAUCAUCUUCGGAAAUAACUAGAGAGAAAGAGUUAUGGGUGUUUCAUUAUGUGUCUCCUCCACCACCAUCAUCUAUGUCAACAUCGAUUGCAAAUGCAUCUGGCAAUACCACUGGAUCUCAGUCAAAUACUUCGGUUUCAGCAACACCAUCAAAAGAAGCACAUAGUGUUAAAAUGGAUGUUGGAAUUGAAGAUUGUUUACAUAUUGAAUUUGAAUAUUCCAAAUCUCGUUUCUCUUUGAAGGAUGUCAUAAUUGGAAGGAUUUAUUUCCUAUUGGUAAGAUUGAAAAUCAAACAUAUGGAACUAUCAUUAAUUAGAAGAGAAACGGUCGGGGCCCCUCCAAAUCAAAUUACAGACAGCGAAACCGUUGUCAGAUUUGAAAUUAUGGAUGGAGCUCCAAUCAAAGGAGAAACAAUCCCAAUAAGAUUGUUCUUAAAUGGCUUUAACUUGACUCCUACUUAUAGAGAUGUCAAUAAGAAAUUUUCCACUAGAACUUAUUUAUCACUUGUUUUGAUUGAUGAAGAUGCUAGAAGAUACUUCAAACAGAGUGAAAUAAUACUUUACAGGGAUCAAUAG